CUCUCUCGGUCUCUUCGCCUCGGCACUUCCGUUGGACCUCCUCGUUCGCCAUCUCUCCCCAGUGGCCUGCGGGUAUAGUUCUCGGCGGAGCCACUCCGGCAAUCCGAUCCCGUGAUGAAGCAGCUCCACAAACAAUCCAGCCUCAAUCAGACCCAACUGAUCCCCACGUACGCGGCCAAGCCCGCCAAGCCGCAGGCCCGCCCAUCCUCUGCUGCUUCCUCCCCUCUGCGCGCCGCCGCCGGGUACCUACUCCGCGAGCAGCGCCUCCUCUUCGUCCUCGCAGGCGCCGUAAUCGCCUCCACCUUCUUCCUUCUCCACCCCUACUACCACUCCCUCUCCCGUCCCCACCCCUACGACCACCUCUCCCAUCGCCUUCUCCCCACUUUCCGCCACCCCUCCUCCCCUUCUUUUUCUGCGUCCGAUGGCGGCGGAAGCGUCGGUGUAGGUGGCGGUGGGAGGAGGAUACCAGUGGGGCUCAAGAAGCCGUCGAAGCGGAUCGUGGUGACGGGGGGCGCCGGCUUCGUUGGAAGUCACCUGGUGGACAAGCUUUUGGGCAGGGGGGAUAGCGUGAUCGUGAUCGAUAAUUUCUUCACGGGGAGGAAGGAUAAUGUAGUGCAUCACUUCGGAAACCCGAGGUUUGAGCUGAUCCGCCACGACGUUGUCGAGCCGAUCUUGCUGGAGGUCGACGAGAUCUACCAUCUCGCCUGCCCGGCCUCACCUGUACACUACAAAUACAACCCUAUCAAGACUAUCAAGACAAAUGUGAUGGGAACGUUGAACAUGUUAGGAUUGGCAAAGAGAAUUGGAGCUAGAUUCCUGUUGACGAGUACUAGUGAGGUAUAUGGUGAUCCACUUGAGCAUCCACAGAAGGAGACAUACUGGGGCCAUGUCAAUCCUAUAGGUGUUAGGAGCUGUUAUGAUGAAGGAAAGAGAACAGCAGAAACUUUGACCAUGGAUUACCACCGUGGUGCUGAAGUUGAGGUCCGUAUUGCACGGAUAUUCAAUACAUAUGGACCUCGCAUGUGCCUAGAUGAUGGCCGUGUUGUCAGCAACUUUGUUGCACAGGCACUUCGUAAAGAACCCAUGACAGUUUAUGGUGAUGGAAAGCAAACCCGAAGUUUCCAAUAUGUUUCAGAUUUGGUUGAUGGAUUAGUAGUACUAAUGGAAGGUGAGCACAUUGGACCUUUCAACUUGGGUAAUCCAGGGGAGUUCACCAUGCUGGAGCUAGCUGAGGUUGUGAAAGAAGUCAUUGAUUCUUCUGCAACCAUUGAAUUCAGACCCAAUACUGCAGAUGAUCCUCAUAUGCGAAAACCUGAUAUAUCAAAGGCAAAGGAACUGCUGAAUUGGGAGCCGAAGGUUACAUUGCGGCAAGGGUUACCCCUAAUGGUGACAGACUUCCAGAAGCGUCUCCUAAGCGCCGACAACUGAGAGUCAAAACAUCAAGUUGAAUCUAUCAUAUGGCUUUCUAGCAGUUAUGUUUAUUUAUCUCUUCGUUGCUGUAAUUUCUAAAUUUUUUGGCAAUAUUUGAUUGCUUGAUUUAUAGUGUCCUCAAUGGCAAGUUAAUUAUUAUUAUUCUUUAAUA